UUUUUGUUAUUUUACUUACUACGUUGUAAAAAAGAUGUAAAAAGGCUAUACUUUUCAUGGAUUUUUCCUGCAUUUUCCCUCAACUCUUCUUGAAUUCUACCCAAAUCUGAAAGCAAGUGGUUACGAUCUUCUGCUUCUACAUUUAUCUUUAAUCAAACGCAAUUCACGUUGCACUUGAAUACACGUGAAAAGUUCCAAUGUUUGAAAUAAAAAUUGUUUCGUUUUGCAAAAAAAAGCAAAUUGAAGUCACUUAUUAAAAAUUUCAACUAUGCGUCAGUUUAAAAGCACAUGAACAUUGCUUCAAACUUCAAAGCGAUCGAGAGACGAUUCGUAUGUUUCGUUAAAAAAUCAUAUCGACGGAAUGUCAUAAAUAAUGAAAUUACAUCGUAAAUCGACUUGAAUCAAUCUGUCAACAGAUCAUCACGCAAAAAUUCCAGUAAAAUCUACAGGAAAUUUUUCAACGAUGUACGUGUAUAUUGGUAGCACGGGGGCUCGGAAAUAAAAAUUUCAACUGUCAGAAACUCAUAGGAUAAAUGUGAAAUCGUGCAAUAUAAAUGAGAGUACGGUUGACGGGCAUGCAAAAUAAAAGCGUGGAUGUUAGCUUCGUGAAAGAUGUCCGGCGUGAAGGAUUUCUCUUGCAUCGGAGGAUUGGAGAAGCAUAUCAGGAUAGUGAAGGAAACAGUCCUGUUCCCGCUUAUGUACGGUGACGUCUACGCGAAGUUCAACCUAAAACCGCCUAGGGGCUUGCUGUUUUACGGGCCUCCUGGCACAGGAAAGACUCUAGUGGCCAGUGCUUUGGCUACCGAGUGCAGCAAUUGUGAACGUAAAGUUUCCUUUAUAUCUCGAAAAGGUUCUGACUGCUUGAGCAAAUGGGUUGGCGAGAGUGAAAAAAAACUUCAGAAAAUUUUUACUUUGGCUCAACAAUCUAAACCUUGUAUAAUUUUUUUCGACGAAGUCGAUGGAUUAGCGCCCGUAAGAACUAGUCGACAAGACUUUGUGCACGCCAGCAUUGUCUCUACUCUGUUGGCCUUGAUGGACGGCUUGGAGAACAAUUCAGAGAUCAUAGUAAUCGGAGCCACGAAUAGAGUCGAUGCUAUAGAUCCAGCUUUAAGAAGACCCGGUCGAUUUGACAGGGAGUUGUAUUUCCCUUUGCCGUGUUUUAGCGCAAGGAAGGAGAUACUUUCGGUAUCAUUGUUCGUGGAAAAACGGUUCAUUUCUAAGAUCUAUACGUUUAAACAACGAUUUUCUGCGCAACGACAGGUACACAUCAGAAACUGGAAACAAAAGCCACCGCAAAAGUUUUUGGCUUAUCUGGCGUCGAAAACGGUCGGUUUUUGCGGCAGUGACCUGCAAGCUCUUUGCGCCGAGGCGGUUAUGUGCUGUGUUCGAAGGAAUUAUCCGGAAAUAUAUACUAGCAAGUCGAAGUAUCAGAUCAACGAUCGACAUCUCAAGGUUGAGAAACAAGAUUUCCUGAGGGCUCGACAGAACAUAACACCAGCUUCCCAUCGUGUCGCAAUCGCACCCGUGAAGUCUUUGUCGUUUAAACUUCAGCCUUUGCUUCAAGACAAUUUAUCACGCAUUUUGUCUCAACUUGAAACGCUUUGUCCUGCAGGAAUGUUGAUUUGCGACGUCAUCACUGGCAAAGCUGCAUCGAGGUCAACUAGUUGUCCCAGGAUGUUAUUGUGCGGUGACGAUGACUCUCAUACUCGCCAUCUGGGACCGGCGUUACUUCAUACUCUGGAACAUUUACCUUGCCACAUGUUAGACGUGACCACUUUAUUCGAGGAAACAGGAAGAGCAGCAGAGGAAGCCAUUAUUCAAAAAAUGAAGAUGGCUCGGCGAAGUUUGCCAUCGAUGCUUUACGUCCCUGAUAUCUUAGCUUGGUGGGAUUUAGUGGAUGAGGCAGCACGUGCUGUUUUUACGUCUCUGAUGCAAGGAUUGGAUCGAUCGGUAUACAUGUUAAUUUUGACCACGGCAAACUGUUCACGAGAAGACUUGCCACCAGAUAUCGCAAAUUUAUUCGACGAACAUCAAGGCGAACUAUUAGAAAUAAUAUCUCCUGCAGAGCAACAGCGCGAACUAUUUUUCAAACAGUUAUUUGUUCAUCCAUCUGAUGUGGAAUCGAAUCAAUCUUCGCAAGAAAACAAAAUGAAUUCUGAAACUUUUGUUGUUGAAACAAUAGAUUUGGAACAAUUUGUGCCUCCAAAAAGAACUAGAGAAUUAGGACGAAGAAGAAGAAUGACUAAUCGGACCGACCCUGUCGAUAGUCCUGCGACACAGGUGUCAACGUCUCGGAGGAGCAAAGUGAAGAGCAAGAUUUGCACCGUUCGAUCUGCUCAUUUGUUGGUCUCGAGAUCAAAAAUCAACGUUAAAAGAAAAGUCAGCGCUUCAGGUGAAGGACCACCGGCGAAACGUUGGAAAAAUAAAUCCCCAAUAAAUUUGUCCACGUCGAGCAACGAAAAAUUGACCGAUUCCCAAACGGAAGAAUUGCUACGGAAAAUUAUUAGGAUGACAGAAGGGUGGCCCUGUCAUGAUCUGGAAAGUCUGUUCGUCUCUCUCGAAUUGACCUUGGAAAAAAACGAGGAUGAUAUCCGCACAGGGGUGGAGAAGUGUUUGAAACAUUUUACCGAACUGAGGAGAAUAAAGGCACACGUGAAGAAAAGACAAGAAGAGGACGAUUGAAUUUCUGUUUCUGCUAUGCAAGAAAAAAAAUUGUAUUCUGUUUGCUGUAAGUGACAUGUCCUUUCACUGAUACCUUACAAUUAUGUUAGAACAUAAUGUUCUAAUUAAGUCAGUGUAUUAAUGAUUUAUAACAUUGUCCACUUUGGUCCUUCAUUCGAAUGAAUUUUUUGUACGUGCUACACAUGUAUUGUAUAUAUGUUAUACACUGUUGCUUUUUUUUA